AAAGUGUCCUUUGUAAAUAUCUACUGAUAACUGCAAUAUAUGGUAACACAUUUUUUUUUUCUUUAAAAAAAAUGUAUAGAAAUAUUCGAAAAAUAGUGUGCUAGGAACAUUUUUGACAGAUUUAUGAACCACCUGCAUCGGAACAGUACUGUUUUGUGAAUGUGACAUGCUUAUUAAUGACAGGUAGAAUGUUUGUCAUGUAGAUGUUGUUACUGUGAGCCCAACAGUCGUCUCUGGCUCGCUGUCUCUCGCCGCUCCGUAAGUGUCAGCCCCUCCAGCGGCGGCGGCGUCUGAGAGCUCACCCUUUUUCAAUAGCUUAAGGGAAGACUCAAUGUAAAGUGUUUACAAAUUUGGGUUGUAGAACAGAUGUAAAUUAAUUAUGGCUCCCAGAUAGGAAUUGCUUUUUUAAUUCAUUUUUGUAAGCCAAGAUGAUUUAGUAUAAAAAAACAAAUUUAAGUUUCAAAUGUGCCUUCCAAACUUUAGCACCCAUGAAUUUUAUGCUGAUGGCAGAUAUUUGUCAGGACAUUGAGUUUUGGUAAUCUGGUGAAGAGCUUAGAUUUUUUUUUCUUUUUUUUUUUUAUAUAUGUGAAGUUACCUGCUGGAUUUUCAGUUAUCUCACUCAAGGUUAUCUUUGUGUGUUACAGGUUUAGGUGGUGCUGGUAAUGUGGAGUUGUAAGGGGUGCUCAGAAAAAGUGUCAAGUAGGUCCAAGCUUUUGCAUCACUACAAAUUAAAACAUCCACAUUUUGGACGUCAUUGCCACUUCCCAUGUACAUACCUGCAUUGUCCAUGCAGAGAGAUAAAUGCUGAGUUUAAGAGAAUUACGACCAUACCGCUUCAUUCAAAGUUCUUCUCUCAACUGGAUCUCCACUGUGACAACCUGAGGAAGCUCUUCAAAAGAAGAGGAGGACAGCUCGGACAAAAGCUUAGACAAAUUGUUGCACAAAUAGAUGAUUGUGAAGAUGUUGAUGUUGCACGGGAGUGUGUCAUUAAGGGAGUCUGCAUAUAUAUGGGAGAAGAUCCAGCCAAGCUCAUCCAUAAAUAUGUGGGUGUGGAUGAAGCUAAUAUUGAAGAGGGUAUUGGAGCCACCACCAUCGGUGUUUUUCAUCUUAAAGACUGUUCUUCAGCAGAUGAAGACAUCGGGGUCGUUCUUGAAGGUAUCAAAGUGUUUUCCAAUUUGGAUAGUGUGCCAACAGCUGUUGCAAUGCUUUUUGGACUGAUAUAUGCAAUGAACCUCGCCUACCCUGCUGACCUCCGCUACACUUUCGAGGUAUUACAGAAAAUACUAAUGGAACUGGAUGGAGGUAAACUGUCAAACAAGGCAUUGUCCCUUAAAAACCACCUCUAUGAGUGAAUAGAGAUUUUCUCAUGUUUAAUUUGGUAAUGUUCUCAUGUUCAGUUUUUGUAUUUCUUGUUGUAUUCUUUAUUGGAGGACACAAAUGUAUUUUUUUAAUGAGGAACGUUCACCUGAAAGACUGGGCUUCAGCAGCUUUUACGUUCCAGUAUGUAGUGCUACUUAUAACACUACUGCUACUUAGUGUUACAAAUAUGUUAAAGAAAUUUGCUAUAAAAGUUACAUUACACUGAUUUAUUGUCAUGCAAAUUACAUGUUCAGAAUUGUUUUAGAAAUUUGACAUACUUUUCUAAAUCAUUUUGUCUUUCAUAUUAAUAUCUUAUAGAUAAAAUUUUAAGAUGUAGUGUUUCCCUUGUAAAAAAAUGUUCUUGUUUUUACACAUUUGUUUAGACUAUCACUAUGGUAUUACAUAGUAAUCAGUAAGACAUGUGACAGAUAAUUGGUGUAAAAAGUUUAGCUUUGUCUCAUAUUGACAUAACAUACUGAUAGUUUUAACAAAUAUGUUAAAAAAAAGUCUGUAAAGCUAUGUACUGCAGCAUUAAUUAAUGUCAUUUGAAUACAUGUUCAAAAACAGUUUGUAGAAAUUUGACAUACUUUUCAUAAUCUUGUACAUCUUUUAUAGAAAUAUGUCUCAGGUUUUCCUUCAUGUUCAUAAAAAUUGUAUUUACUAAAUUUAAAAAAAUGUAUGUCUCUUCAAUUUAAAAUAUGUUAAGUACAAAAUGGUGAGAUUUAAAUUUUCUUUCAAAUAAAACUAAUUUGUUCAGUAGCACUCACUUUCUUUGUCUUUCUUGUCAAAUAUCAGUCUUUAAUUUUUUACAGUAGAACAGCAUAUAGAGAACUUGAAAAAAUUAAGUAGGAUUUAAAGCUGUAACAUGUGUUCCAUUAACAUGAUAGAAUUGUGUUCACCCAACACAAUUUCAUUGAGUAAUACUGGCAGUGAAAAAUAAGCUGGUGUUAUUCAUUACAAUAGUGUUGCUGGGACAUAAAAAAAGUUAUUGAUAAUACAUAAUAUAUUUACAUUAUGGUAAGAGAUAAAAUGUUUGUAGUUUCAACUUAAUAUUUUCAAGUAAUCUCAUGUAAAUAAAAUAUGUUGAUUUGACGAGCUUUAAGUAUUUGAGGGAAAGAGGGAAAAUAUGUCGGUUCUACUUAUUUGCAUUGUGUGGGACCGAUGUACACAAUAAAAUUAAGUAA